AUGGAUAGGCCUCGACAGAAUGAUCAUUUGGGUGUGAAUAAGAUUGGGAAGAAUAUCAGAAAGAGUCCUCUGCACCAACCGAAUUUCGCUGCGAAUGCUAACGCUGCUGCUGCUGCAAGGCCUCAAGCGCAGCCUCAGGUUUAUAAUAUAAGCAAGAACGACUUUAGAAGCAUUGUUCAGCAGCUAACGGGUUCUCCAUCACGUGAAAGCCUUCCUCGGCCUCCUCCGAACAACCCACCAAAGCCUCAGAAUACACGGUUGCACAGGAUUAGACCAUCACCCUUAACGCAGAUAAGCCGGCCUCCUGUUCCUCUCCCUGCCAUGGCUACUCAACCACCUCAUCCUCACUUUGUUAGACCGCCUCAACCCCAGCCGCCUUUGCCACAAGGCACACAUCAACAACCAAUGAUGGGUCACAGUGACCAGUUUUGGUCUAAUACAGCUGAGUCUCCCGUCUCAGAGUAUAUGCGUUAUCUUCAAAGUUCACUUGGAGAUUCAGGUCCCAAUGGUAAUCAAAUGCAGCCAGGUCAUGAACAACGGCCAUAUAUGCCAGCUCAGGCUCAGCCCUCGCCUCGUAUGCCAGGUCAUGAGAAUCGGCCAUAUAUGCCAAGUCAUGAGAAUCGGCCAUACAUGCCAGGUCAUGAGAAUCGGCCAUACAUGCCAGGUCAUGAGCAUCGGCCAUAUAUGUCAGGUCAUGAGCAUCGGCCCUACAUUCCAGCUCAGCCUCAGCCUCAGCCUCAUAGGCCAGGUCAUGAACAUCGGACGUAUAUGCAAGCUCAGCCUCCACAGCAACAGCAACAGCAACAGCCACAUAUGAUGCCUGGAUCGCAACCUCGAAUGAAUAUGCAAGGCCCGCUUCAACCUAACCAGUAUGUACCACCACCCGGGUUAGUUCCUAGCCCAGUGCCUCAUAAUCUUCCUUCCCCUCGGUUCAGUGGUCCUGUACCUGUCACACCCACUCUGCCUUCUCCCAGGCUCAAUCAGAUGCAUGGUGGUUUCCCUUCUCCUCGAUAUAACGGUUUUGGACCACUACAGUCACCUACAUCCCAGUUUCUUCUACCAUCUCCUACCAGUUACGCUAAUAUGUUCUCUCCUAGAUCACCUUACCCGUUACUAUCACCGGGAGUUCAGUAUCCUCCACCACUUACCCCAAACUUCUCAUUUUCACAAGCUGCUCAACCAGGAAAUCUCGGACCCGGUCCAGGUCCAGGUCCUCCUCAGCCACCUCCAUCUCCAGGGCUCAUGUUUCCGUUAUCGCCAUCAGGGUUCUUUCCAAUCCCAAGUCCAAGAUGGGGUGAUUACUAG